GUUGGGUCAGGCACGAGAACCCCCCCCCUUAAAGAAUAGUUUGAUUAGACGCGCGCAAGGGGCGCUUGUUUGGGGGGAAUUAGUAGACCUCCUUUUUUUGGAUGCCUUGAAAGUCCGGGGAACUCGUUCUUGUCAUUAGCACGGUUUCGGGUUCUGUAUGUUUUGCUUCUCUUUCUGCCAACCUUGUUUAUUGUUGUGUUUAUAGAGCUCUGAGAGUAUCAAUUUUUUCUUUUCCCCUUUUUCUCUCUUCGUUUCUUCUCGCCUUGUUGCCGGAACCUCGACCAAACAACUCUCGCUGUACAGUUGUCAAUCAAAGCCCGAACCCCCCGCCGUCGUUGUUCGUGGCCUUUUCCAUUCUUUAAUAUCCCGCCUUUCCAUGUCCCUCGCGUCUAAAUCUCCGCAGUAUUCCUUCAUUUGCCUUACGCACUAGGCCUUUGCUACCUUUCAUUCUUUAACAGGACACGACUGCCAGUGGUUUUCGCGUGACUUCAAUAUUCUCGACUUAAAUGAGCCGUUCAUUGUUUCAGUCCUCGCGCUUCUUCAUUCCAACCCAUAAGCCGACAAUAUGACGCGGCCCCGAAUUGUUCGUGCCGACACCCUAGAUCUUCAAGACCAACAUGCGCCUUCGGCCAAGGAUCACUCGAAGCAGCACCCAGCCGUAGUGGGGAAUGGUUACAGUCCCCAUCAGGAACAAUCCAUUCGACAUGCCGACCGAGACACACGAGUCGAGGUGUUGCAUGAGCCUGGGACCGAGGGAAAUCACCUGGUCGCCGAUGAGUAUGGGGAUGGUAUCGGUAUGUACGACGAUGACGACGACGAUGAUUUGGACCACGAACUAGGGCAUAGUCAUCACGCUGGAGGCUCAGAAGAUGGUGACUUAGCGGACGGAGAAGGUGAUGAUGAUCUCUUGGAUGACGAUGAUAUGAUGGACAAGAUCUCGAGCUCCCCAUCUAUUGACGACGAGGAUAUCGACUUCGAGUUUGUUUAUGCGCUUCACAACUUCGUGGCAACUGUUGAUGGACAGGCCAAUGCGGCGAAGGGCGAUACUAUGGUCCUUUUGGAUGAUAGUAAUAGUUAUUGGUGGCUCGUUCGAAUCGUCAAAGACGGUAGCAUUGGGUAUCUGCCUGCCGAGCACAUAGAAACACCAACAGAAAGAUUGGCAAGAUUGAAUAAACACAGGAAUGUUGAUCUUUCUGCGACGAUGCUAGGAGACAAUUCGGAAAAGUCUAAGAACCCGUUGAAGAAAGCAAUGCGCCGCAGAAAUGCGAAAACCGUGACCUUUACUAGUCCGACAUACAUCGAAGCAUCUGACAUAGAGUUUUCGACGGAUGACGAACUUGACGACGACGUGACUUCUUUGACUGAGGAGGAUGGAGUACAAGGAGAUGUUGACGACUUACGAGAGAGCGAACAAGAAGACAUCGUUGUCGAGCCACUCAGACCAAAGUCGAAGACUUCCGAGGAUUUGGAAACCGUACAUGAAGCGAAAGAAUCCGAUCGGGCUAGUCCUGAGAAACAACGAUCCAGUGCAGAGUUGUUGGAAUCUGAAGGUGAAAACUCUGUCAGCCGUUCAAGAAAUGGGACCGUACGGAACACGGAUUCAUUCUUCAAAGAUGAUACCGUUGAGACGAAGAAAAUAUCUCUUACACCAAAUCUCCUCCGGGAUGAAGUUGCCGGUAAUACUAUAUCCAGCGACGCAAGAGAGACCCGUGGGAGCAUGGAGGCUGUCGAAAAAGCCCUCAGUGCGUACGAUAAAAACAACAAAGACGACAAAAAGCGCAAGGACAAGAAGCCAGGGAUGCUCAGUGGCUUGUUCAAGAGAAAGGACAAAAAGUCUAAGACAGUUGAUGAGGACACUGAUGAGCCAGAAAAGGUGUCGGGUGAAUUGUCUCGAUCUUCGCCACAGCCAAAGACAUCAUCAGAAUCUGUUUCGACUUCCGAUCCCCGCUCUCCUAACCCUCUCGUGAUCCAGAAACAGCCCAGCAAGUUGCAGAAGCAGUCUCCGAUUGUCCAGUCUCCCUCAAUGAAUGAUAAGGAACCGGAGCACGUUAGACAAAGAUCGAUGGAGAGCUAUGGCGACGCGAAAACUGUGCAGAACCAAAGGAUCGAACAGACUAUUCGCCAAGUAGCGUCCGAAGACGAUAUGCUUCAAUCCCCAGUUUCAACGGAUCUUCAACAAGAUCAGCCUGUGUCCUCUUCCAUUCGGUCAUCAAGCCCUUUGAAAAAAUUAAACACUGCACAGCAGCUAGCAUCUCCAACCAAGCCUCAUUAUUCACCGCACUCUGUGGCCUCUCCGCCACAAAAGUUCCCUCCAAGACAGGGCACGGGAUAUCAAGAUAUCCAUGCAGAGUCGCCAGUGGAUGUCUCUCCGGUAGAAGACCCGUCUUCACCUGAUGCGCCGGGAAUGAUGACGGAUCCUCCAUCCCCCGGAGGCUUCUCCGUAUCCCCAGUAUCCCCGCCUCUGUCUCCGGCUGCCGAGAGCACUGGUAGCAAGAAUCUCUCUGCGUCGUUCGAUGGAAGGUCAGCUGAUACACCCACAUGGAGCGAUGCUAGUCUGCGGUCCUAUCUAGACGACGAAAGCGACAUCCGCGAUUUGUUUAUCAUCGUUCAUGAUAACUCUAAUGUCCCCCCUGCUGGUCCUGAUCACCCAAUUACUGGAAGCCUGUUCAAGGACGAGAGCAAGCGGCUGAGGGAAAUGAAUAGCCAGUUAGACUCGAUGCUAGCUGAUUGGGUAGGCCGAAAGAUGCGAAAGUCGAUAAGCAAAUGACCAUGUCCCUAGGCUUUCGCGUACGUUUCUCAGCUUGAACGCCUCUCCAUUAUGCAAGUUAUAUGUUGGCCAGGAGCUAACGAUGUGCCGGGCACAUGACUUCGGUCGGACCAUAAAUUUCGAUUAUUCUCUGUGUUUUUCUACUCAUUUACUCAACUUUGUGUUUCCUUAUUUGCCUGCUCACUUCAUCGCACGAAGCGUGGCAGUGCAGGCAUAUCUAUGGACAACCUAGAAUUCCUAUCUUCAGCUUGCAGCCUACCCUCGCCCGAUUAUUUGCGAAGCCGCAAAUCUUCCGAUAGUCUGUCUUUUCUCGUCUUUCUUUCCUUUGUACCUUUUCUAGCCUUCCUCUAUUUCUAGCGAUUUCCUGUUUUCCCAAAGAACAAACCCCUGGGAGAUACCCUAAGUUACAUACGUCUUCUGUCGUCUAUACACGUUUUUCUUUCUGUUUCUUCUUAAACUCUUAUUUGAUACAAUAACCAGCGAAUUUUACGAAGACAUGUUCGAUUUUUA